AUGCCUUCAGUUGCCAUUGAAUUCUGUGCAAAAUGUAAAUGGCACAAUAGAGCCAUCUGGUACACACAAGAGGUUCUUCAGACGUUCAGUGAUCCCGAGAAGAACUUGGUGACUGAGGUUAGUGUUCGACCACGUUAUGACCAGCCUGGUCUUUUCCAGGUGUUGGUGAGCCGAAAUGGCGAUGAGAAGGUUAUCUACAGACGAAAAAUGAAGAAAACGGAAGAGAAACAAGACGAAGAUUUCUAUUAUGAUGGAUUCCCAGACUCCAAGCUCUUAAAGCAGCUUAUAAGGAACGAGUUGUUUCCAGAGCAAGGUUUGGGGCAUGUGGAUAAGCACAAUGACGACAAUUUGUUGACCGUGUGCAAACCUUGCCAGGACAAUGAGUAG